GCGUCCCGCUCCGAGCUUCGGGCGGACGGGGUGGCGGGCCCCGGCGCUCUCCUGAGCCGUGCGGUCCUUCUCCGAACACCUGCCUCCCCCGGCCCCUCGGUGCCCUGUGACGGAGGGUGCAGCUGUCCAGCGGCCAGUGCCAUCAUCUAGCCCAGUGGUCUUUCUGACACAUUCUUUUGACACCAAGGGCAGCGCUUGAUGAGUGCCAGGCACUGAGCCAAGAGCUUUUAGCUGGAUGAUCUCCUGUAAUCCUCGCGCGAUCCCUUUCGGUAGGUGUUGUUCCCAUCGGUGGGAAAGCCGAGUGCACUGUUGCCCAAGACCUCGGAGGAGCGAGAAGAGACGAGAGGCCAACAGUCACUUUUCAGAGCCCUCCUCACGAGGACUUAUGCUGAAAACUCAAAAGUGACUAGGCUGAGGGUUCAGAAGCAGCAGAGCAUCAAACCAUAGUUUGCUGUGUCCCGAGGUCGCUUGAAUUAUGUUUCUUUUUGCAGCGUUUUAACUCAAAUGGGUGAUGAAAAGGACUCUUGGAAAGUGAAAACUUUAGAUGAAAUUCUCCAGGAAAAGAAACGAAGGAAGGAACAAGAGGAGAAAGCAGAGAUAAAACGCUUAAAAAAUUCUGAUGACCGGGAUUCCAAAAGGGAUUCCCUUGAGGAGGGGGAGCUGAGAGAUCACCGCAUGGAGAUUACAAUCAGGAACUCACCAUACCGACGUGAGGAUUCUAUGGAAGACAGAGGAGAGGAAGAUGAUUCUCUGGCUAUCAAACCACCCCAGCAGAUGUCUCGGAAAGAAAAGGCUCAUCACAGGAAAGACGAAAAGAGAAAAGAGAAACGCAGGCAUCGCAGCCAUUCAGCAGAAGGGGGGAAGCAUGCUAGAGUGAAAGAAAAGGAAAGAGAACACGAGCGUCGGAAACGCCAUCGAGAAGAACAGGAUAAAGCUCGCCGGGAAUGGGAGAGACAGAAGCGGAGGGAGCUGGCACGCGAGCAUUCCAGGAGAGAGAGGGACCGCCUGGAGCAGCUGGAGAGGAAGAGGGAGCGGGAGCGCAAGCUGAGGGAGCAGCAGAAGGAGCAGCGCGAGCAGAAGGAGCGGGAGCGCAGGGCCGAGGAGCGGCGCAAGGAGCGGGAGGCCCGGAGGGAAGUCUCUGCACACCAUCGCACAGUGCGGGAAGACCACAGUGACAAGGGGAAGGCCAGCCACUGGAGCCGCAGCCCGUCACGGCCACCAAGGGAACGCUUCGAGCUUGGAGACGGCAGGAAGCCAGUGAAAGAAGAGAAAAUGGAAGAAAGAGACCUGCUGUCUGACCUCCAGGACAUCAGUGACAGCGAGAGGAAAACGAGCUCAGCUGAGUCCUCCUCAGAAUCAGGUUCGGGCUCAGAGGAGGAGGAAGAGGAGGAAGAAGAGGAAGAGGAGGAGGAAGGGAGCACCAGUGAGGAGUCAGAGGAGGAGGAGGAGGAAGAGGAGGAGGAGGAGGAGGAGGAGACUGGGAGCAAUUCUGAGGAGGCCUCCGAGCAGUCUGCAGAGGAAGUGAGCGAUGAAGAGAUGAGUGAAGAGGAAGAGCGAGGAGACGAGAACCACGUCCUGGUUGUUCCAGAGUCACGAUUUGACCGAGAUUCCGGGGACAGUGAAGAAGGGGAGGAAGAAGUGGGUGAGGGGACCCCACAGAGCAGCGCCCCAACCGAAGGGGACUACGUGCCUGACUCCCCAGCCCUAUCGCCUAUUGAGCUCAAGCAGGAGUUGCCCAAGUACCUGCCAGCCCUACAGGGCUGCCGGAGUGUGGAAGAGUUCCAGUGUCUCAACAGGAUUGAAGAAGGUACCUAUGGUGUGGUCUACAGAGCCAAGGACAAGAAAACAGAUGAAAUUGUGGCUCUGAAGCGGUUGAAGAUGGAGAAGGAAAAGGAAGGCUUCCCAAUCACAUCUCUGAGGGAGAUCAAUACCAUCCUCAAAGCCCAGCACCCCAACAUCGUCACUGUUAGGGAGAUCGUGGUGGGCAGCAACAUGGACAAGAUCUAUAUUGUCAUGAACUACGUGGAGCAUGACCUCAAGAGCCUCAUGGAGACCAUGAAGCAGCCGUUCCUGCCAGGGGAGGUAAAGACCCUGAUGAUCCAGCUGCUGCGUGGGGUGAAGCAUUUGCAUGACAACUGGAUCCUGCACCGGGACCUCAAGACGUCCAACCUGCUGCUGAGCCACGCCGGCAUCCUCAAGGUGGGUGACUUUGGGCUGGCUCGGGAGUAUGGGUCGCCCCUGAAAGCCUACACCCCGGUCGUGGUGACCCUGUGGUACCGGGCCCCAGAGCUGCUGCUUGGCGCCAAGGAAUACUCCACAGCUGUUGACAUGUGGUCAGUGGGCUGCAUCUUCGGAGAGCUGCUAACACAGAAGCCCCUGUUCCCUGGGAAGUCGGAAAUUGAUCAGAUCAACAAGGUGUUUAAGGACCUGGGGACACCUAGUGAGAAGAUCUGGCCUGGCUACAAUGACCUCCCGGCUGUCAAGAAGAUGACCUUCAGUGAACAUCCCUACAACAACCUUCGCAAGCGCUUUGGGGCCUUGCUCUCAGACCAGGGCUUCGACCUCAUGAACAAGUUCUUGACCUACUUUCCCGGGAGGAGGAUCAAUGCCGAAGAUGGCCUCAAGCACGAAUAUUUCCGCGAGACCCCUCUCCCCAUUGACCCCUCGAUGUUCCCCACAUGGCCUGCCAAGAGCGAGCAGCAGAGGGUGAAGCGGGGCACGAGCCCCCGGCCCCCUGAGGGUGGCCUGGGCUACAGCCAGCUGGGGGACGAUGACCUGAAGGAGACGGGCUUCCACCUCACCACCACCAACCAGGGGGCUUCGGCUGCAGGCCCUGGCUUCAGCCUCAAGUUCUGAAGCUCAGCAGCCUGGCUGGUGGUGAGGACCCAGACCUCAGCCAGGGCUGACCCCAGGCUGGGCGCGCCUCCUCUCACUUGGCUUCCACGUGGUGAUUUUUAUAUUAUUUUGAUUUGUACAUUUGUAGAAUUAAAUUGCAUUUUCCUUGCUGUGGAAGGAAA